GGGGGGGGGGGGGGGGCACCGCCAUGUCUUCGGCCGCAUGGCAUGCCAUCCAUCCGAUUGCUCCGCCCGCAGCAAACGAUCGGACGACCGGCCGAGAAAGGAGAGGGAGCCAAGAAGGGAGGAGUUGCAGGAGAAGGAGUAGUGGAAGGGGGGGGGGGUUAGAGCGGGAGGUGGAGGGCGGCGGGGGCGGGGACCACCGCACUCUGGAAGCUACAUAACAGCAGCCAUGUCGUGCGAACCCCCUGCUGCCAAGAAGACUAAGCUGCUGUCCGGCGAGACCAAGGCGGCGACGGAUGUGGUGACCAACGUGACUGACGAGGAGGCCAAGGUGGCGGCGGCGGCGGCUGGAUCGAGCGUCGUGGCGGAGGCUACGCCGACCCACAAGCCGGCUGACCCUGCGGACGUGGGCAUUGUGGCGCAUCUGGGCGAGACGCGCAUGGCGCGCGGGGUGCUGAAGGUCCGGUGGUCAGACUUUGUGGUCUCCGAGGUGGGGAAGAACGGCGUGGCGGCGAUCACGACCGAAGAGGUGGACGAUCCGGCGGCGGCGGCGGCGGCCAAGGUCGAGGCCGCCAUGGGCGCACCGUCUGUGGAGACCGGAAUGGCGGCGCUGCGGGCGCUGAUGCCGGGCGGCGACGAGGCGCACUUUGCGGCCAUCGAGGCGUAUGUCCGCGCCGGCGGCGAGGGCGUGACCCUUCCGGACGGCAUUGAGCUGCCACGGCUGGAGGCCAAGGAGGACCGAACCAAGGUCCAUCAGCUGGUGCGCCACCACUUUGGAUCACUGCUGGCGACGUCGGUGGGCGGCGGCGGCGGGAUGGUGGUGACGGCCAUGAAGGGCAAGGCUAACUCGCGGUUCAACACGCGGUGGCCAAAGUCGCGGCCAAAGUUCCUUCGGUGCGUGGUGACCAAGUACGGCAUGGAUCUGCACAAGAUGACAGACGUCAUCGGCGCCGGCCUGCACAUCAAGGGGAACCGCAUUGGGGUGGCGGGGACCAAGGACAAGCACGCGGUCACCUCGCAGUGGAUUACGCUCAAGGCUGUGCCGGCUGAGGAUGUUAAGGCUUUCCAGGCCAAGGCCGAGCGGUCGCACGACGUGCUCCCGUCGCGGGCGCUCCUCCGGUUCGGCAACUACUCAUACGUGGCCAAGCCGCUCUCGCUCGGCAUGCUCGACGGUAACCGGUUCUCCAUUGUUGUGCGCGACAUUGCUGGGCCGGCAGCGAACUCGCCGACGAGCGCCGACGAUCCCGGCCACGGCGGCGUCAUCGCCGCGCUCGAUGCGGCGGUCACCUCGUUCUCGACGCGCGGCUUUAUCAACUACUUUGGUGAACAGCGGUUCGGGACGCACGAGGUGCGGACGCACGAGGUUGGGCGCAAGAUUCUCGGCGGCGACCUCGCCGGUGCCAUCCGUCUCAUUCUCAAGCCCUCGCUCUCCAAGGACACGCCGCAGAUUCUGGCAGCCAAAGCGCAGUUCCUCGAGGGAGGCGACGCGGCCGGCGCAGCCGAGGCCAUGCCGCGGUGGCGCUCGCUGGAGAAGAAGCUGCUACAGGGCGUGGCCGACGCCGGGCCGACCAACCCGAUGGGUGCGCUGCAGGCACUCCCGCGCAACAUGCAGUCGAUGUACGUCCAUGCCUACCAGUCGUGGGUCUUCAACGCUAUGGCCACCGCGCGACUGGAGCAGUACGGCGCGGCGCCGGUUGUCGGCGACCUAGUGGUCGACAAGGUCAAGCACGAGGCGAUGAUCAAGGCUGCGGCGGCACGUGGCGGGCGCGGGCGCGGGCGCGGGCGUGGGCGUGGCGGGCACACUCGCUCGUCGCGCGGCGGGCACAUCCGCGCCUCGGACGUGCCGGUCAAGGUUCUGGCGACCGAGGCCGACCUUGAGGGCGUGAGUCUCGCCGACGUGGUGCUUCCGGUUCCUGGCCACGCGGUGCAGUACCCGACCCACGACAUCGGCGGCCUGUACGCCACCUUUACCGCCGCCGAGGGCAUCGAUCUCUCCAAGCAGCAAUGGCGCGGGACGCCGUUCGACGCACCGGGUGCGUACCGACCGCUUAUUUGCAUCCCCUCGGAGGUCUCGUACACUCACCUGUACUACACGCCUCUCAGCGGUGACGAGGCUGCGGCCGAGGCUACCCGCAUCGGCGACACCGAGUCUGCGGCGGCUGCAAUGGCGGCGAACCUCAUCGACCCAGUUGCCAUCGCGCCGCUCGACGGCGUGGCUACCGAGCCGUUUGCCGGCGCGGCGUAUGCGGGGCUCCUUGCCUUUACCCUCCCGUCGUCGACGUAUGCCACCAUGGCGGUCCGCGAGGUCUUUGACGUCGUGGAAGACGCGUCGGCGAGCCACGGCAUGCGCAGCGUGGCGGGCGUGAAGCGGAAGCGCGAGGCCGAGGCCAAGGCGUAAAAGUAACAUGCAGUCAC